CACGGUCGUGAUUAGAGACAGAAACUGUCUCGUCUGCUGCAGUUUAGCUCCAUCAAAGUUGUCCUUGAGUCAGAGCUGUUGAAGUUUAACAGCUGGCCCCUAACAGUCAGAUGAAUGUUCGGUAGAAGCCGCUAAAACCGCACAAGUUCCGGUUUCAUGUGAUCAACGAUGCUCCGUGUCUCUGUCAGCUGUUUUACUGAGCCAUGAGCUCCAUGAAGAGAGUCCAGUGAUUCCACUAGAUGGAUCCUUCCAGCGUGAUCUCCAGGAUCCAGACCUGCACACACACUCAGACUGCGGGGAUUUAUCUGCCUUGUAGGAGGAUCGCAUCGCUCACCCCGACUGGUGAGAGAGCAGGAGUGUGUGUGUGUGUGUGUGUGGUUUGAAGGCGUGACCUCAUCAUUAAGAGAAGUAAGAAGUUCCUGGUUUGAAGUGAAGAAGAAGAGAAGCAGCAUUAAACCAUCAGAGCUCUGAGAUGAAACACACUUUGGUCUGCUUCAUCUUCCUCACAGCACUUCAGGAUGGAAACACUGGUUUGGUCAAAGCACAAACUCUCACCCACAGAGCAGAGGAAGGAGGAAACAUCACAUUUGGGUGCAGCUUUUAUUUCUCUGCAAGCAGGAAACUGUUCUGUAAGGAAAAAUGUGAAAAUGGAAACAUUCUUGUUGAAACAUCUGAUGAUGCAGCUCAGAACGGCAGAUACAGCAUUAAAUAUAAACAAACAGAUACUCUGUCAUAUACUCUGUAUGUGAGCAUCACACAGCUGAAACAGUCUGACUCAGGAUGGUACAGGUGCUCUUUGGACAGAACUUUGAGGCCAGAUGGAAACGAUGAUUUCGAGCUGAUUGUCACAGCAGCUUCAACCACUUCAACACCAAACGGGACUCUGAGACCUUUUUCAGCUUCAGUGUUUCUCUCAUCAGCCUCCACACCACCAACAACACAGAGUUUAAGCUCAACUUCAGGAAGCUCCACACCUUCAUCAGCCUCCUCUGGAAGUUCAGCUCUUGCAGAUGUGCUGCUUUAUGUGCGGCUGGUUCUGGUCGUUGUCAUCAGCAUCUUUUUAGUAUCUUUGCUGAUGAAGAGGAGAGCCGUUAAACCCAGAGGACCUCCUGUGGAAUCUGAGCGUGCUGACAUCACACAGGACAACCAGUUGUGUGAAGAGAGGACAGACAGAGCAGCUCACCUCCUGCAGGAGUGUCUUCAGUGUACGCUACACCAAAAGCCUCCAACCAGAUGGAGAUGUAAACACAGACCUCUGCAGCCUCUCCACCUCUGCUCACAACAAAGUAAAACUGUGGUCUGAUUUUAAGCUCUUUGAUUUUUACUAUAUCAUCUCUUUCUGCCAG